UUUGACAUAUAUAAAUACUUUGAUGUCUCAUUUAACUAUUUGAAAACAUAAAUAAUAACUUAUUAUAUUGGUUUUAGAUUAAUAAAAAACUAAUAAGUAUUCAUAACAAUAUUAUGUCCGCAUGUGCGGGCAAAACACCUAGUAAUUUUGUAUUACUGUAUUAUUUAGGUUUUGUAGUUUUGAUGAUGACAACCGGGAUAUAGGGUUGAUUUUUUAAUCGUAAUAAAUGGGUUUAUUUGUUUAUUUAAGUUUAGCUGGAACUAUGAAAUGAAAGUAACCCCAAAUAAAAUUUAACCAGAUUAAUAUUAAAUGUCGGUUCAAUUAGAUAGCAAAAGAAAAACGAACUAAACGAUAACUGAACCGAAAGUUGGUUGAUUCCAGUAGAAAACCGAGAGUCUGGGGUUCGGUUGACCCGAAAAUCCGGAACACAUAACAACAGUCGUGUCUGAACUGAAAACUCAGAAUCUGAGCAGGCCUUGGGCUAGAGGUGUCAACUAGGCCAUAUCUUAUUCAUGUUUAGGCCUUUUAGUCGGAAUAAAUAGAGAGAUGGAGUCGGGAGAGAAGGAAGGAUAGAGGGAAACAGUAGCGGCGAUGAUGAUAUCGGAUCUCCCAAUGGAUAUGGUGGAGGAGGUGCUCUGUAAGCUUCCGAUGACAUCUCUGAGAAGAGCUCGAUUCACCUGCAGAAGAUGGAACAACACUUUAUCAAAAGAUUGGAGCUUUACAAGAAAGUACAAUGGUGAAGCAGCAAAGAGGAAGGAGUCUCAGGUGGUGAUGGUACUCGAAUACAAGGUUUACUUGAUGAGCGUCAACCUCCACAAUCCAUCUCCAUCUAUCGAGCCUAUAGGUAAACUCGACGACGCUGGAGUCGACAUAAUUAAUGUCUUUCACUGCCAAGGUUUGUUGUUAUGCGUCACCAAAGACAGAACGAGGCUUGUUGUUUGGAACCCUUUUAGUGGACAAACAAGGUGGGUCCAAUCCAGAGAUUCUUACGACAUCCGUGACAGGUAUGCUCUGGGAUACGAGAAGAAGAACAACUACUCGCUCAAAGUCUUGAGAUUUGUGGAUGACUACGACCGCAACUUAAAGCGCCGAGGCAAUACUUACUGGUUUGCCGAAAACAAGGUUGCACCAGGCAAAAUAGGAAGAGUAUUUUUACUCUGUUUCAACUUUACAACAGAGAGUUUUGGACCGCGUCUGCGUCUGCCUUUUCGCGGUCACUAUGGAGAUACAUUGACUCUAUCUAGCGUUAGAGAAGAGCAGCUUGCUGUCUUGUUUCAAGAAUGUGCACCUCCAUACACCUUGAAGGUUUGGAUUAGUAGCAAGGUUUGUCCCAAUGCAGUGUCGUGGAACAAGGUGUUCUUAUCGGUUGAUAUGAGACCACUAAUCGGUUUUCAGUUUCAUUGUUUCGCUGGAAGUUUCUUUGUUGAUGAGAAGAACAAUGCCGUUGUGGUUAUUGAUAAGACUAGAGGUCUUCCUUUCACUAUUCGUAAUAUGGCUUAUGUUCUUGGUGAAAAUGGAUACUUCAAAUCAGUCGAUCUUGGUGAUUUUGCACCCAUGAAGUGCUGGCCACUUGUGUGCUCUUAUGUUCCAAGCUUGGUGAAAUUCUAGCAAUCUGCGCCACCAGGCAACCUGAAGGAACACACCAUCUUAAAUCUUAUCAACUUGUUGUCGUCCUCUUUUGUUUCACACUUGGGUUAUUUAAAUGUGGUUUUAGUAUAAAGUUGGAUUCCUGGUAACUGCGUCGCUUUUGUUCUUGUUUGGUACUCUUCUUUUAAACCCAAUAGAAUUUUUAGGAGAAAAAAAAACAUUAUUAAACUU